AGUCCUCCUCUUCUAUAUUCUUAUGAGGACUAUGUUGCCCGGCUCGUUCCUACGCUGGGUACUCAUGCUCAAGGACAAGACGUGUGUGCGGCAUCUUCUUCGUCCGGCAGCGGCAACUUAUCGUCUUGGUUUUUCACGGGAUUCGGCGCGCGAGUUCAACAUAGAGGUGCUGGACCCGCUCACGUCAGAGGAUUUCGCAUGGCUUCCUCUCCCGACCAGGGGCCGCUUGUCGGGACCACAAUGCGCAGCAUUAUGCGCUCAUCUCCACACGUAUUUAUCCUUCUAUGCACCACCAACUUUGCCGACGGAUGACGAAGCUGCGGUGGGGGACAUCCUUGCGUAUGUUACCAAGGUGGCCCGCGAGUUUCGCAAGCAGCGGUACGAUGACAACAACGCACCGCUCCUCUAUGUCCACAUCCAAGUUGAGCAAGCGUCCUGCAGCGCUUUGCUGGAUAGCGGCGCGUCUCGCAAUUUCAUGAGCCAAGCCUUUAUGCAAAGGGUUGGCCUUGGCGCACAAGUUUGGAGGAAGGCAAACCCGACGGUGAUCAAGUUGGCGGACGGAAGGACGCAACAACUUAUCGACCGUUACAUCGAGGCUGUACCGGUGUCUUUCGCACCUCAUGCAUGCGAACCGGUGACAUUCAACAUUUUGGACACGGACUUUGGUAUCAUUUUGGGAAUGCCUUGGCUUGCAAGUGUGGAUCACACGGUCAACUUCCACCGGCGGACUCUUACUGUUCGGGACGCCUUCGGCGCCGAAGUGCCGUGUACUAUUCCUCUUCCGCACCCUUCGAUCCGGUGCCAAGUGGUGACGGCCAAGUCGUUCCGAGCUACUUGCGCUUACGAGAAGCCCGAUGAGAUAGGCCUAUGCUUCCUACGGACCGACGUGGUAGGCGAUUCUUCCCCCACAGACUUGUCGUCGGACCCCCGUGUGGUGCGGUUGCUUGACGAGUUCACCGACAUCUUCGAGUCACCUACCGGUGUGGUGCCGGAUCGGCCGAUCUCUCACGAGAUCAUUCUUGAGGUCGGUGUCGUGCCGCCGAAAGGCUGCAUUUACCGCAUGAGCGAGGAGGAGCUUACGGUCCUCCGCGCACAACUCGAUGACUUGUUGGACAAGGGCUGGAUCCGCCCUAGUAACUCCCCAUAUGGAGCACCAGUUCUCUUCCAGUAUUCGGAGACGACGGCAACCGAACUACACAAGUGGGAAGAAGAGGAAGCCGCCCGCCAGCAGGGAAUACAACGCCAGCAGGCAGAGGCAGCAGCAGCACGUCAGCGGGCCGCAGCAGAAGCUGCAGCCGCCGCACAGUUGCAACAGCAGCAGCUUGAGGUAGAUCAGAACCAGGCUCGUUACCAAGCCACGAUGGCCCUUGCUCGCGACGAAGCCACAUAUGUCAAGCUACUUCGCCAACAGCAUUUCCAAGAGACCGAAGAACAAGACCGGCCAACCGAGGAAGAAAGAGACAAGGAAGGGACAGCAGUACUAAUGGAGACUCUGUUGUACACGUGCAAUUGGCAGCAACGUGAACUGCUCGCCACGCGGCAGGUCCUCAUCCGCCAUGAAACAACACUCAAGGCAAUGGACAAGAGGAUCGUGUCCCUGCAGGCCAGGAACAGCACACUACAUGCUGCCAACAGCCAGCAGCAGAUACUCAACAGCCAGCAGCAGACACUCAACACCCAGUUGCAGACCGAUGUCAGCACAGGGUUGGCACAAGCGUCAGCAGCUGCGCCAACGGGCAGUGCAGCGACACUCAACGACCGCGUUGACCAACGUCCGGUCGCCGUUGCCAAGGAAUGGAAGAUGCCGAACUUCAAGAUCGAGAAGUUCGACGACUAUCACAAGACCGAUCCGCUGCAAUGGUGGCUAGCAUUCAACGAAAAGGCGGACGUGCAUCACACUCCACCACUGCGACGGCUUGACGCUCUCUACCUCCAACUAAUUGGAGGAGCGAAGGUCUUCAUGACACAUAUGGUAGUCACAUUGGAAUGCACCAUCGCCACCCUCCACACCAAGAUCACGUGGGAGGAAUUCGAGAAGAAGUGGAAGACCCGGUUCAUGGUCAACAACGACAAGCGUCACGCCAUGAACAAGAUCUUCCGCAUCUACCAAGGCCAGCAAACAUCACGGAAGACUCCUGCGCUUGGUACGGAAUUCCAAUAUGAGACCUUUGAUGAUCUGAUCUCAAAGGCAAGAGACCUAAUUCAAGUGCCUGCCUCGACAAGGACAAGGAAAAUGUCAAGUGUUCGGGCUCGGGAAACUGAGCACCCAGGAAGUGCAGCGACAACAUUUCCUAGUCCGCCGGAGUCGGCUGCCUUGCUAGCAGCCUCUCUCACAUCCGGGGACACCGCGGUAGUCGCAAGUUCUCGCGUUGAGUACGAGAACUAUGAUGUCGAGCUGGUCCCACCGUUGAACCAGCUUCUCCACGUGCAAGAUUCAAGCAUAUAUGCGGCAGUUCCGUCGACGGGCAACGAACCGGUUGCUUCGCCAACCCUUCUAUCGGAGGAUCCGUCAACUUGGACGAGACUUGAGGAUCUCAACCCGUUGACGGUUGAGGACUUCCAAUGGUUGCCUCUUCUCUCCACCGGUUCUUUGCCAACUCCGCAUUGCAAUGUCUUAAUGGCACAUCUACGCGAAUACUUGCACGGUGCAGUACCACCUCCGUCGACGGACGACGGAGUAGCGGUUGUUGAUCUUUGCAACUAUCUUGCGAAGAUCGACCGCGAGUACGCAACGCGACGAUACGUCGACAAUGACGCGCCGCUCCUCUACAUCCGCAUUCAGAUCGGAAAUGCGACCUGCAGUGCCUUGAUCGAUUGUGGAGCGACUCGCAACUACAUCAACCAAGACUUCAUGGCACGCGCCGGGCUUGGCCCGCGCGUUCGAAGGAAAAGUCAGCCUACGCACGUCAUGCAUGUCGUGGCUGCAAAGCGAAGACCAUCCGGUGAACUUCAUCGACACACCGUUCACGUUCGUGAUCGGCGUGGCGAACUAGUUCCGUGUACGGUGUCGUUUCCUCAUCCUUCGAUUGGUUGUCACGUGGUAUCCGCGGCGAGCAUUCGCCAAUCCAUCCGGCGGAACGACAUCGAGGAGAUGGGCACAUGUUUUCUUCACGCCCUCCCACCCGGUGAUCAGCCCAAGACGGAUACGUCGGACCCACGCAUCAUUGAGCUGUUGGACAGCUAUGAGGAUGUCUUUCAAGCUCCCGCCGGAGUCAUACCGGAUUGGCCGAUACGCCACGGGAUCACUCUCGAGGACGGCGUCGUACCUCCGCGCGGAUGUAUCUACCGCAUGAGCGAAGAGGAACUUCAAGUGCUUCGGGGACAACUAGACGACCUCUUGGCCACGGGCUGGAUUCGCCCUAGCUGUUCGCCAUACGGUGCUCCCGUUCUCUUCGUCCGGAAGAAGAACAAGGACCUUCGUUUCUGCCUCGAUUAUCAAAAACUUAACGCGCAAACGAUCAAGAACGUCGGCCCUCUCCCUCGGAUCGAUGACGUUCUCGAGCGACUAGGCGGCACCAAGUACUUCUCGAAGCUUGACCUCAAGUUCGGAUAUCACCAGAUCGAGAUCCAGCCAAGAGACCAGUACAAAACCACGUUCAAGACGCGAUAUGGGCACUUUGAGUGGAUCGUCAUGCCUUUCGGUCUCACCAAUGCCCCGGCUACUUUCAAAGCGGCCAUGACGACGGAAUUCCGCGACUUGCUCGACCGCACCGUGCUCAGGCCAUAUUGGUUUAUAGUCGGACGCUGGACGCUGGAUUACCUCGAUGAUAUCUUGGUUUAUAGUCGGACGCUGGACAAGCACCUUGAGCACCUUCGCGUCGUAUUGGAGCGGCUUCGUAUCGCCAAGUACAAGGCAAACCGCGACAAGUGCGAGUUUGCCCAGCAAGAGCUGGAGUACUUAGGCCAUUACGUUACGCCGCAAGGCAUUCAUCCGCUCGCGGACAAGGUACAAGCUAUUCAAGAUUGGUCGGACCUCAACCACGGCGUUCCGGAAGACAUCGUCAGUGACCGCGAUACUCGUUUCAUGUCGGCCUUUUGGACGGCACUCAUGGUGGAAUCCAGCACCAGCAUGAAACCGAGUUCCGCACAGCAUCCUCAAACGGAUGGGCAAACGGAACAUGCGCACCAGACUGCGCCGAUGAUGCUCCGCACACUCAUCCGCCCGGAUCAAAAGGACUGGGUUGACCGCCUUCCUGACAUCGAGUUCGCCUAUAACACUUCGGUGCACCCAGCGAUUGGCGUGACUCCAUUCGAGUUGCACCAUGGUGGACGGAAAGGACGUAUCUUCGCAGACAUUUUGCUUCCACGGGCUGCCGAUAUAGACACCGCUUGCUCCCCCUCUUCUACACGGAAGUACAGGGAACUGCUGGCCAAAGCCCGCGCAAACAUGCAAAAGGCUCAGGUCCAUAUGCAGCAGCAAGCGAACCGGCGUCGCAUCCCAUGUCCAAUUCGCACUGGCGACCUAGUUUGGGUCACCUCCGAGGAAUUCGCACUCGAGCAGGACGUCUUGCGCAAGCUCCUCCCUAAGUGGUUUGGAGUCUUUGGACCAUGGAUGGUCACUUUAGCAGCUGGCGACGACCCCGCAGGUCCAUCUUUCAUCAUUGAGAUUCCCCCGCACUUGACGGUCCACCCGAUCUUUCAUGCGUCAAAGCUGGCAGUUUACACUCCAGCCUCCGUAGCGGAUUUCCCGGGCAGACGGUCACAAGACCCUCCUUCAAUGGAUGGUCAUCAGGAGGUCGACCGCGUUCUCACGCAUCGCAAGCAUGGCAACAAGCCGAUGCAGUACAAAGCUACAUUCAAGCAAUGCGAUCCGAACGACACACGCCGGAUUUCAAGAUCUGAUUUGAAGACGACAGCACCCCUCAUCUUUGCGCAUUACGAAAAACAGCGACUUGCUAAGGAAGCUGCCCAACCUGCCCGCCCCGUACGGGCAUCGGACAGACAGCUUCACCCUCGCAGUUAGCUCGGUCUUUCAAGGGGGGGAGUGUGUGGCAUUCUGAGCCACACGGGCCCCUGUUAGGGCCCGGUUCCAGAC